CGGGGAUCGAACUCGAGUCCUUGUGCUUGCGCAGCAGAUGCCGAAACCACUGAGCUAAAUCCCCGACCCAAGGAUGAACUUCUUUUGGAAUGUUUUUCUACACUGAGUAUUUUAAAAUGUUGAGCUUAUCAUGGGGAUUAUGGCAGGGGUAAUAUUAGCACCUCUUUAUGAUUGUAAACCUAUAAGACCAUGUGAACCAAAGGAUUAAGAGGGAUAGCCUUUCUGAAUUGUGUAGUAUCUUUAUGUUUUCAUUUUCUGUAGGUCAGGAAAGCUGCUAUUACUCAGCAUGACUAUAAAUUUAGAAAAAAAUGACUUGAUGUUACAGUUGCAAGGCAGACUGUCAUCACUCUUAUAAUAAGUAUGUCUGAGAAGUAUAAGGUAUCAAACCAUAAAUGUUUUCAAAGCAUCUGUGGCUGUAUUAAGAGACAGUAGAGAGUCCUUUUUCAACCCUAAAUAUUGAACUGCUGAAAUAUGCAGUGAGUUAGUCUGUGUACAUUUAUUAACAAGGCAGCAGGGAGUGAAGGAGUAGUAAGUUUAUUUUUUUCUUAAAAGGUUACUUACAAAAGGUUUAUAUAGGUGGAGGCUAAAGGAACGACAAAGAUGGUACAAUUAGUGUAAUUAAAGUUAGUACAGUUGAUGAAGAAGUGUGAGGAAAGUGUAAAGAUGAUCAGGCUGGUUUCUUAGUAUAGUAGUCACCAAGCAGCAGUAAUCACGUGCUUUUACCCUGGAUCCACAUGAAGACACAAGGGUUUACUUGUGCAUUUCUUAAGGUCUUGGAGCCCUGGAGUAGACUAGAAACUGGCCAUGGAUCUUUAUGUAGUUCCCAUAUAUUGGAAGAAUUGGUAGAGAGGAACAUUUCUGUACAUUUGGGGUAUGAAGGGGACAGAGAGACCAGAGCUUUAAGCUUUCAAUUCUGUACUUCUCAUUUUAGGGUCAGCUUUCCUAUCAUUGAAGGCAUAUGGAUCUUAUUUCAAAGGAAAAGAACCUGCUCUGUCUCAAGCCAGCUGUGACAUGUGGCCCCUAAAAUGUGUAUCUUUGGGGAAUGAUUUGGUUGUCACACUGGAAAAUGUGGGAGCCACUCCCUCCCUGGCCUCAUUUAUAGACAUGGGAAUGCUUCCAUUGCUUUGUGUGCUGUUGAAUUUCUCCUCCCUCUUUGUUUUCCCUAAGCUAAGCUGUAAAUUCUGUACAAAAGAAAUAUUGAUUGCCUUUAUAAAUUGCUUGCCAUUAAUGCCUGAUAACAUGCAGUAAGAUAGGAUUCUGCAUAUAUUAAAUAUGUCAAAUAUUACAAACUUUAAGCUUUUGAAAUUAUAAUACUAAACUCAGUUCACUUUUGCUUAGCCUUCACAGUUGUUGAUCACAUAGCAUGGUCAUCCACUCACAGCUUAAAAAAAUACAGGGAGCAUCGGAGAGAAUGGGUUCAAUGUAUCUAUGCCUGCCUACUUCAGUCUGCAAGGGAGUGUCAGAAAGGCCCCGCAUUCGCCGAGCCGUGAGUUAUCACUAACUUUUCAGAUGUGUUAAUGAAUGUGGAACAAAAGCAGUUGUGUUUAAAAGGAAAAAAGGGACCAUCAAAAUAACCUUUAUUAUAGUAGCAGGCGUGACCACUAAAUGGAUUAUUCCAAAUUGUGUCAGAAAUAACCUAGUAGACACUAGCCUCUAGAAAACCUAUUGUUGAACUGCUCUGAAGCUAUCAUUUUAGCUGUUAUUAUUUUUUUAUGUGUAUACCCUGGUGGCAAAUUUGAAUGUUCUUUAAAUAUUUUUAACCAGGUUAAAACAAUUUGAACAAAAUUUUAUCCCAUACUGUUUUCAUUGAAUUUAAGCUCUUCGGUAUAAGAAUAUUUGAAGGGUAAAGUUUUAACCUUUUUUAUUAUUCACAAAAACAUAUGAAUUUGGGCGAUUGAAUCACUUUUUAGAUGAAAGUUUUUGGAGUGCUCCAGGCAUUGUCCUCUAUAGAGGUAUUUAUAAUCUCUUGGUACCAAUAGUUUUUGCUUCAGUAAUUCACCAGUAGGUUUUCAUCCAUUAAUGAUGAUACCAAUUUAAGGCUAAAACACCAUUUUUUAGGGCUUACCAUUUUAUAUAGAAAGAGGAAACAUCCAUAAGAGUUUUUUCUUUUGUUUCUUUCCAGAGAUGCUAAACAAAAAAUUGUAACAUCUAUAUUUUGUUAUUAGAGCUAAUUACCUUUCUUUUUCUUAUAAGAAUCUACCAUAUUUGAUAAGCAGGUUGGAUGCUUCUGUUGCUUAGGAGGUAUUUUGUUUUAUAUGAAGACAGAAUAAAUGUAAAUUUACCCAGUUGGCGAUAUAUAGCACAGACCACAUAAAACUUAGAGCUGUGGAGCCUUUGGAGGCAUUAGAAAGUUAACAUUUCAUUUAGGCAAUGUGCCUUUGUUUGACUGGUGUGUAAGUCCUUCUUCCAGGUUUGUACGCUCUUAAACGCGUUAUUCUACCCUCUCUAACUCCUCCCAGCAGCAAAAGGGAGACACUUCAGCUGGAACAAAAUAGUGGAAGAAAUGGCGUCUGGGGUUCAGUGGGGAUUCGCAGUGUGAGACACUACUCGUCAGCGAAUCAAAUUCAGCGAUGACAGAGUAUGCAAGAGCCACCUUCUCAACUGUUGCCCCCAUGAUGUCCUUUCUGGAACUAGAAUGGAUCUUGGAGAAUGUCUGAAAGUUCAUGACCUGGCUUUAAGAGCAGAUUAUGAAAUUGCAUCCAAAGAACAGGAUUUUUUCUUUGAACUUGAUGCCAUGGAUCAUCUGCAGUCAUUUAUUGCAGAUUGUGAUCGAAGAACAGAAGUGGCUAAGAAAAGAUUAGCAGAAACUCAAGAAGAGAUUAGUGCUGAAGUGGCUGCAAAGGCAGAACGUGUUCAUGAGUUAAAUGAAGAAAUUGGUAAAUUAUUAGCCAAAGUGGAACAACUAGGAGCUGAAGGGAAUGUGGAAGAAUCCCAGAAAGUAAUGGAUGAAGUAGAGAAAGCACGGGCAAAGAAAAGAGAAGCAGAGGAAGUGUAUCGGAAUUCUAUGCCAGCUUCCAGUUUCCAACAGCAGAAGCUUCGAGUCUGUGAAGUCUGCUCUGCCUAUUUAGGUCUUCAUGAUAAUGACAGGAGACUGGCUGAUCAUUUCGGGGGUAAACUGCACCUGGGAUUUAUUGAAAUAAGAGAGAAGCUUGAAGAAUUAAAGAGAGUCGUAGCUGAAAAGCAGGAGAAAAGAAACCAGGAACGCCUGAAACGAAGAGAAGAAAGGGAGAGAGAAGAAAGGGAGAAGCUGAGGAGGUCCAGAUCACAUAGCAAGAAUCCUAAAAGAUCGAGGUCCAGAGAGCAUCGCAGACACCGAUCUCGCUCCAUGUCUCGAGAACGCAAGAGGAGGACGCGAUCCAAGUCUCGGGAGAAACGCCAUCGCCACCGGUCCCGCUCUAGCAGCCGUAGCCGCAGCCGCAGCCAUCAGCGAAGUCGACACAGUUCUAGAGAUAGGAGCAGAGAGCGGUCCAAGAGGAGAUCCUCAAAAGAAAGAUUCAGAGACCAAGACUUAGCAUCACGUGACAGAGACAGGAGUUCAAGAGACAGAUCACCUCGUGACCGAGACCGAAAAGAUAAGAAGCGGUCCUAUGAGAGUGCUAAUGGCAGAUCAGAAGACAGGAGGAGCUCUGAAGAGCGCGAAGCAGGGGAGAUCUAAUUAGCUGUGUACAUCCCUUCAGUCCUUAAGCUUCCUAUGGAGUCACAUACUAUCGUUUAGUUUACAGCUGUUCAGGGUAACAAUGAGCAGUUUUAGACACCGAUUCAAGAUUCAGCCAGGCUAGAUGUACAGUAUCUAACUUGAUCUGAAUUGAACCUGUUUUCUUUGAUGAAGCCUAAAACUACAUCCAUAGUUUCUGGUGAACCUGUAAUACAGUUCUGAAAGUACAGUUUUAUAUAAUAAGACACUGAUCUCUCUAUUCUUUCAAGUAGGAGUGAUAGUGAAUGAAUUGUUACAUGCCUUGGGAUUUUUUGAACAUUUGUAAAAUGCUGUCUUCCUUUCUACUCCAAACAGCAGCAGCUUUCGGAAUUUUUCUUUUUAAUUCUUCCUGUGAGUUUUGUAUCCCCUAAUACCUGCACUCUCCAACUUUAAGAAGGGGGUCAGGGAAGCAAUAUAUCUUCUGAGGUUCUAUUCCCAUUAUUAAUUACUAGCUCGUUAACAGUUCAGAACAUUUAUACUGGAAUGUGUGCUAGAGAAAUUGAAAAUACUGGGGUUUUUUUGUUUGAUGGUGCCUAUUUAGAAUUGGAAAUUGAACAGCUGUUGCAUUACAUACUUUUGCUUUUUUAUUGAAAUUUUAAAAUCAGACUUGUCUUGAUUUUUCUGUUCCAUUGAAUUGCUAUGUUCAGGAUGUUCUGAGGGGGUGGGGGCAGGGACUCUUUCAUAAUAAGCACUUGUUUUAUUUUGUGUGUGUGUGUGGAGUAAAAACUACAUCCUUAUUGUAAAAAAUAAUAAUAAAAUGAAAAACAAUCACCACCACCAUUAAACUGUAACUUGUCUAGUAAAUUGUCACUAGAACUAU